UGUUAAUCUCCAUCACAAUCGUCUUUCGGGACUCAUAGAAGGUAUUCCGAAUAUGGUUUUGUCACUUAGCUGGAAGAGCUUCCUCAAGCCAGCCAAUAUUUGUGUCGCAAUUCUUGCCCUGUCCUCCAGUUUCCAAACGGCAUCAGCUACAAUUCCCUCGUCAAAGCGCUUUGAUCUAACCACGCCAUCUUACGACCUCUACCGCAACAAAGCCUUACAAGACUCAACUGUCCAACAGGGCUUCGCAUUUGACAAUACCAACCGGCGUCUCUUUGUUGCCCAGCGACGUGAUGGGUCCUCGGAAACAUCGGGAGACUUGUGCAUUACCCAACUUGACUUCGAUGGCAACUACGUCGGGCAUAUGUACCUGACUGGCUUUGGCCACGGCGUCUCCUUCGGCGCCCAGGCCGAAGGAUCAUCAACAUAUCUGUGGACUGAGGUUGAAGCCAACACCAAUGGGUACGGAAAGAAGCUUGCGCGAUUCAAGUUCACCAACGGGGGCAAAAUCUCAGCUUCCUCUUCCUCUCUGAAGAAGUUUCAACCUAUCGUCGGUGCAACUGAACACACUUGCUCCAUUGACCCUGUCAACAACCGCCUGAUCGUGCGAUACAAUCUCAGCGGUAAACACAUUGCGGUCUUUGACUUGGACAAGGCGACCAGUGGAGACUUUACCAGCCCACUGGCCAACAUCAAGCAUCCGUCUGUGAAUACCAUGUCCGAUACAUUCCAGGGUUAUGCUGCCUAUGGGCAAUACGUUUAUCUGCUGACUGGGAACUCAUACGAUACCUCAGGAGGUGUGGUCAACUCUGAGAUCACCAGUGUCAAUAUGAACACUGGUGCUGUUGUGCAGGGUCCAGCUUUGACGAAGGCUGGCUCUACGCUUUCAUUCCGUGAACCGGAAGGGUUGGCAAUCUAUAAGACAGUUGGUGGAGAAGUUCGUCUUUUCUUGGGCUUUGCUUCCGGGAAGGCGGGUGAUCGGAGAUCUAGUCUGUUCUACAAGAAUGUAUUGAUUUAGAGAAUAGUAAAAUUCAGUUGACUUUUCAGAAACGCCU